AUGAACAUUCUCAAUCCACAAAAAUCCCAUCGCAGCUGCCAUUGCCAAACUCAAGAAAACAAAGCACCAACCCCCUCCCAUACCACUCAGCAUCUGAUUGAUGACAGCAGCACCAACGGCUCCGAGACAACACCGAAUAAGAUUGCACGCGGCUGCAGCUGUAGCGGACUUAUCGGGAAACAGGUCUACAAGGAGAGCCUGGAGACAAAUCAGGGACGUAACAAAGCAGAAGCCCAUGAUGAACCGCAGAACGAGGGGGGCGGCUAG